CUUUUUUUCUGAUACAUAAGUAAUUUCCCCUUAUUCUUCUUUAGAAAAGUCUAUUAAAACAUACAAUAUAAUGAGUGAAUACUGUCCUGUCUACGCCCCUUUCUUUGGUACUAUGGGUUGUGCCGCCGCCAUUGUCUUCAGCUGUCUUGGUGCUGCUUACGGUACUGCCAAAUCUGGUGUUGGUCUUUCUGCUAUGGGUGUCUUACGUCCUGAUUUGGUCUUGAAGUGUAUUGUUCCUAUCGUCAUGGCUGGUAUCUUGGGUAUUUAUGGUGUCGUAGUUUCUGUGCUUUUGUCUGGUGGCCUUGCCAUGAAGCAAACUCUCUUCAGUGGUUUCAUUCAAAUGGCCGCAGGUCUCUCCGUUGGUCUCUCAUGUCUUGCUGCUGGUAUUGCUAUUGGUAUUACUGGUGAUGCUGGUGUCCGCGCUACUGCUCAACAACCUAGAAUGUUCGUCGGCAUGAUUUUGAUUUUGAUUUUCGCUGAAGUUUUGGGUCUUUAUGGUCUUAUUGUUGCUUUGAUUCUCAACACUAAGGCCUCUGGUCAAGAGAAUGUCUGUAACUAAAGAGUAUAAAGAAAGGGAAACCUUUUCUUUUCAACUAGUACAUAGUUUAUUCCUCGCUGUCUCAUUACAUAUAUCAAUAAAAAAGUGUCAUGAUGCCACAAAAAAAAAAUAUUAUGCAGU